ACAGUGUUCUUUAUUCAAACAGCAGGCAGGCUGACUGACACAUCAGGAAGAACCAGACUUACUACAGCUUCGGCUACGAACAAUGAAGAUGUUUCUGCCCUGCUGGCUGUCCCUGCUGGCUUUGAUGCCAUUAAGUUUUGGCACCAAAGCUGGAGUAAAAGUCAAACUAACAGAGAAAGGACUUGAAUAUGGCAGACAAAUGGGGAUGGCUUCGAUACAGCAAAAACUCAAAACCAUCACGGUCCCAGAUAUUUCAGGGACAGAGAAGGUGCCUCCUGUUGGCAAGGUCCACUACAGCCUGACAAAUAUGAAAAUAAUGGAUGUGGGAUUACCACAGUCUGAGGUAGAUCUGGUGCCUGGAACUGGUUUCAGACUGGCCAUUGGUAACGCCUUUCUCAGUAUGAAUGGAAACUGGAGGGUCAAGUACCUAAGACUAAUGAAGGACCACGGCUCUUUUGAUUUGAACGUGAAAGGACUCACAAUUACAACAAGUAUUGCUGUCAAGAGUGAUGAGACAGGCCGACCUGCCGUCAGUACUGUCAGCUGUGCUGCAACGGUCGGCAGUGCAAGCAUCAAAUUCCACGGUGGAGCAAGCUGGCUGUACAAUCUCUUUAAAAACUUCGUUGAUAAGGGUUUGCGAAAAGCACUAGAGAAACAGAUCUGCCCUCUGGUGGCUGACGCUGUGUCUGACAUGAAUCCUAAGCUGAAAACCCUCAAUGUUUUGGCCAAAGUGGACGAGUUUGCUGAGAUUGAAUAUUCCAUGGUAUCAUCGCCCACAGUGUCAGCAUCUUCUCUGGACUUGGGCUUGAAGGGUGAAUUUUACAAUAUCGGGAAGCACCAGGAGCCUCCUUUCUCCCCCUCCAAUUUUUCUCUCCCACCCCAGGUCAAUGAAAUGUUGUACAUCGGUGUGUCCACCUUCACUGCCAACUCUGCAGCUUUUGUCUACAACAAAGCUGGAGUCCUUAGCCUGUACAUCACAGACGACAUGAUCCCACGAAGCUCUCCCAUCCGUCUUGACACCAGAACGUUUGGAGCCUUCGUCCCGCAGAUUGCCAAACGCUUCCCAGGUCUGAAGAUGAAACUGCUGGUUAAGACCGUGAAAAAUCCGGUCAUCAGUUUUGAACCCAACAACGCCACGGUUCAGGCCACUGCCACAGUGACGGCCUAUGCUAUCCAACCCAACGCUACGCUUACUCCUCUCUUUGUUCUUAACUUGGACAUUAGUGUCAGCGCCCGAGUGUUUGUCAGUGGAAUGCAGAUUGCUGGGGCCAUCACCCUAAACAAGAUGGGUCUGACCCUGGGGACUAGUUAUGUUGGAGAUUUUCAGGUCAGGUCCCUCGACAACAUCUUUCAAAUGGUCCUCAAACUAGUCGUGAUACCUAAACUGAACGCUCGUCUCGCAAAGGGAUACCCACUUCCUACUCUUGGAAAGAUGAAGCUUGUGAACACUCAGCUUCAGGUCCUGAAGGACUAUAUGCUGAUUGGAACAGAUGUCCAGUUCAUGGGUUGAAAAGGCACUUCUGGAAACUCAUCUCAAUCUUGACUGUACUGUGGCAUGCCAGUAUGAAGACAUCAACACGUACAAAUGUUGGCUCUCCAGAGAAAUGUGUCAAAGGAAUACCUAUUUUUCUAUUUAGUUUCAUUGUUAACUCUGGCCAGGUUUUUCAUAUAUAAUAGAUGAAGGCAGCAAUCUUUACCUACUGCAGUCGGGUCAUGAAAGGACAAAGGGCAGGACAAAGACUGCAGGACACGGUUUGCUAUUUAUUUUAAUAAUCUUUUUUGCAAUUACAUGCUUCUUCCAAAGCAGAUCACAGCCAUUUCUUUGCUGCUGACAUUGUCACAAAUUCUUCCUCAAAGUUAAUGACUUUGUUGCCAAGGGAGCAAGCCCUUGUUGAUCCAUAACAUUUUAACUGCAGCUUUGAGAGUCCCUUUAAAAUGACAGGACAUCAGUCGACCACCAACACCUCAGACAACACAAAGUUUGUUUCAAAUGAACAUUGUACUUUAUAUUAUUCAUAUAGUUUUCUGCAUCUCAAGCUUUAUUAUAUGUACAAACAUAGUGACUUUAUAAAUAAGAAUAACACUCAUCAAGAGUCCAGCCUGACUGUAGUACAACUGAAAUUACAGUAUGAAUAGCCUCCAUGUAUCGUCAAGUCAUUGAAGAGAAGAAGACAGUGUGAUAGUUUUGUUUGCAUGGUGUCAUCUGUGUCAGUCAAGGGCUGUUUUCAAUCAUUGUAGCGUCUGAGGCCAAAUGUUCAUCGAGCUCUUGCCGGGGCAACGUCUCCUGUUUCAGUGUGCUGAGGCUGACAGCUCGGCCUCUCAGGCUUUGGGACGUGGACGACAAUAUCUAUAAUAUAGACACACAAAACACAAAACCUCCAAGAAUAAAUGACUGAGAAGAUGAAUCUUUAAAAGUAAAAAAGUUGAUUAUUUGAUCAAUGUCCAGCUUUGUGUUGGUUUGUCUUACUAGAGAAACAUUUUAUACUUUACCAUGUUUGAAGGAAACCUGAGCAUUAUUGUAUAAUUUGAGAAUUUUGAAUAAACUAGAGUUUGAAAAUUCA